AUGUCUUCACACACGGUGAAGCGACGGAAGAUUAGCCCAGAACCGUCUGGUGCUCCUCAAUCCCACACCAACCCACAGACCGCCGCAACAACAACGACUGCCAAGAAGAGUGACCACACCUCUUCUGCCCGCCGCAAUGACUCGUUGACAAAGGGCCUGUCAGGCAAUAAAGGAAAGGAUGAGCGAUCCGCUGAGAUUGCAAUGGCUAGUGGCCAUUAUAAGUCCAGCUUCUUCAAGCUGCAGAUGGAUGAGCUACUGACCGGCUUGAGACCGAACUACGACAAGCAGAUCUCCAAGUUACAGGAUACUCUGCACAAAUUGAAGGGCGCCAUUGAAAACCUCCCCGAAAAAGCUCCCAAAUCCGCCUCGGAAGCGGAGAAGGAGCUUCGCACUGCAUCCGGCGGAGUCGCAGUCCCUUGGCCCGAACCCCGACCUGCAAAAGAUGCGAAAUAUACUAUGUCCUACGCGAAACCAUCAAACAUAAACGUGAUCGGAAGCUUUGCACUGAAGAAUGGCGCCAAAACCUCCGACUCUCGCCCGGUUGAUUUGGCGGUGACUAUGCCUAGCUCGAUCUUCCAGGAAAAGGACUACGUCAACUAUCGCUAUUUCCACAAGAGGGCAUACUAUGUUGCAUGCAUCGCAGCUGGAAUCCAGGAGACCGCCAACGCCCUUGAUUUGGAGGUCAAGUUUGGACACCAGGACGGAGACAGCCUUCGUCCUGUGAUUCUAUUGGAGCCUCGCCCUUCCACCAAAGGCGGCAAAUCGACAUCGUCGCGCCCCCAGAUCCGAAUUUUGACUGCAAUUGAUCCUAAUCUAUUCCCAAUCACCCGGACGCAACCCGCGAAAUGCAACAUCCGACAAGGCUCUUCCACCGACAAUGCGGAAAUUGGCGAGCCGACUCCAUUCUACAACGCAAGUCUUCGAUCCGAGGCCGCAGUCUCCCUCUACCAUAAACAGCUCCACCUGGCUUCUCAAAAAUGCGAGUCAUUCCGCGACGCUUGUAUCCUGGGACGCACAUGGUUGCAGCAACGGGGCUUCCACUCUCCAUUCCAAAAUGGAGGGUUCGGUGGUUUCGAGUGGGCCGCGCUUGUGUCCCUUUUGUUUGAAGGCGGUGGCCCUACUGGACAGCCAAUUCUCAUGCGUUCCUACAGCAGCUAUCAAAUCUUCAAGGCCGUUAUACAAUUUCUGGCUGGCCGAGACUUGACGACGCCUUUGCUAUUGAACGCCACCGAAAUUCCUGUCUCUGGUAACGGUCCGGUACUGUACGAUGGUGGCAGGGGAUUAAACAUCCUAUACAAAAUGACAUCCUGGUCCUAUGCGUCCCUCCGUCAUGAAGCCAGUAUCACUCUCAAGAUGCUUAAUGAAUCCCGGGUGGACAAUUUUGACCGAGUCUUCAUUGUCAAGGUCGAUGAGCCGGCUUUGAGGUUUGACCGUCUUAUCUCCUUCCCCAAGUCAUUCCAUGGCGAUACCCUUCAUGCUCUUCGCGAACAGAAUGCGCUGUAUACUGUUCUUUCAAGAGCCCUUGGAGAUCGUGUCAAGCUCAUCUCUUUGACGAGCCAUUCUGCUGGCACUUGGUCGGUCCGCUCAAAGGCACUGAACAAGAAAGCAAGCAAUGAGCUUUCGGUAGGUCUUCUGCUCGACGCCGAUAAUGUCUCCCGCGUUGUCGACCAUGGCCCUGCCGCCGAAGAGAAAGACGAAGCAGCAUCUUUCCGAGCUUUCUGGGGUAACAAGGCGGAGCUCCGACGUUUCAAGGAUGGCAGCAUUCUAGAGAGUCUUGUGUGGUCUGAUCAGCCUUCUGAUGAUUCCAUUGUGCAUCAAAUCUUGGUCUGCACCCUGGACCGCCAUUUCCAGAUUCCGGAAGAUGAUUUCCUGCUUACUGGUGAUGAGUAUGACGACCUGCUCUAUGACGAGGGCGACGAGAUUGUCUCGUACCAAAACCCCACGUUCCAGUCUAUCAAGGAGGCAUUUAGUGAAUUGGAGCAGUCAGUCCGAAGCAUGGAGGAAGUUCCAUUGGAAAUUCGACACCUUGCCCCAGCCAGUCCACUUCUUCGGUAUACUGCGCUUCGAGUACAAGGAUCCGCAGCCAAUGAACCGGCAGACGUUGUUCUUCAAUUCGAAAGUUCAUCACGCUGGCCCGAUGACUUCGCCGCCAUUCAAAUGACGAAGGCUGCUUUCCUCAUCAAAAUCGGAGAUUCUUUGAAGUCAGCAGGUGCCGCAUCCUCAUGCCGCGUCGGGCUGGAGAACGAAACCAGCAAGAUCCUGAACAGCGGAUAUCUUGACAUCGUCCACUCCUCGGGAUUCCUCUUCCGCCUGAGAAUCCACCACGAGCGUGAACAAACCCUCCUCGAGCGCCAAUUAAAAGACAAGACCAUCAGCCCGCGGGAACGGGAAGAAGUUGCCCACGCUCUAUUCUCUUACAAGAAGAACUUCAUUCAAGCCCCCCCGUUUGACCCAAGCGAUUCGCAGUCUUUGCACUCGAUUCCCAUUACUCUCCCCAACCAUUCGCCUGGUCAAAUUCUGGUUCCACUCCCAUCUUUUCUCAGCGCACAUCUGUGA